CCUCCAGCAGCCAGUCAGAGGAGGGAUGCUCUGAACGCAGGACUGCAGCAUCUUCACCGACUGAACAAAACGUCUCUUUCUCCGCGUCUGCUUCCAGCUCCGCGUCUCCGGACCCUCACCGCCCAGCGACACCCCGGGGUGUCUCUAUUAAACGCCUGGAGCCAGGACAGGACAAGGAGAGACAUAUUGCACUAAAAAAAAAAACAACACAGGAUUUUUAAAAAAUAUAUUUUAUCAUCACUCCGGCAGUUUUUCUUUUUUUUAUUUCCCAGUCUUCAGUUGAUUUUUUCCUCUUUGUUGUUUCUCUUUUUGUUGUUUUUCUUCAUUGUUCGCCAGGAGCGCCACCAUCCUGUUCUGCCGGACAUGAGAGCUGCUUACAGCGGAAUGAUUCACUUAUCCAACCCGCAUAUCUGAAGGUUGUUGGAAGAUAAAAAAAAAUAUUUUUUUUUUCUACAUUUUCCCGCAGGACAGCUAAUCUGCGGAGCUUUGGGAUUUUUUUUCUUCCUCUCCGUUUCUGAGACCAUCUUUCCUUCGCUGCGCAGCAUCUCUCUGUAGCGCAGAGAAAACGCGCAGCUCAACCUGCUCCCGUCCGUAAGAAAAAAGGCGUAUUUCCCCAUUCUUAAAGCGCUCUCGCUUUCACUCAGGGCUCAUCCGCACGGCUGCGCUGCGUAAAGAAAAGGAAAAAAAAAAAAACAAAAAAAACACGGGGAUUUAAGCGCAGACGCAGCUUAAGCAUCCAAGAGCGAUCUCGAAAAUGAUGGCCGGCGGAGCUGUACAGCAAAACGGCAUUUUCACAAAUCCUCACAAUCACAAUCAACAACCCCACAUGGAGUCCGACCCACCGGAUUCGCGUAAAAGACCACUGGAGACCCCGACGGAGGCCAGCAGCACCAAGCGCACAAACACGGGAGUGGCCUUCCUGCAGCCCAUAUUUGAAACUGAAGGGAUUGUAUACCCUGAACAAGAAACUGAGACUCAUGAGGAAGGCGAGUACUUCCUGAAGGUUUUGAUUCCCAGCUAUGCUGCUGGUUCCAUCAUCGGGAAGGGAGGCCAGACCAUCGUUCAGCUACAGAAAGAGACUGGAGCCACCAUCAAACUGUCAAAAUCCAAAGACUUCUACCCUGGCACGACAGAGCGGGUGUGUCUGAUUCAGGGGACGGUGGAGGCCCUGAACGGUGUGCAUGACUUUAUCGCUGAGAAGGUGAGGGAGAUGCCUCAGAGCACCCAGAAGACAGAACCAGUCAGCAUCCUGCAGCCUCAGACCACCGUCAACCCGGACCGCGUCAAACAGGCGAAGCUGAUUGUCCCCAACAGUACAGCUGGGCUUAUCAUUGGUAAAGGCGGCGCUACAGUCAAGGCAGUAAUGGAGCAGUCUGGAGCAUGGGUCCAACUAUCCCAGAAACCUGAGGGGAUCAACCUGCAGGAGCGUGUGGUCACCAUCAGUGGCGAGCCCGAGCAAAACCGUAAAGCUGUGGAGAUCAUCAUCCAGAAGAUUCAGGAAGAUCCACAGAGCUCCUCCUGCCUGAACAUCUCCUACUCAAACAUCACAGGGCCAGUGGCCAACUCUAAUCCCACUGGCUCUCCAUACGCCAACUCCACCGAGGUAAUGCCAGCAGCAGCGGCCGCUGCAGCAGCUACAGCCUCCUCUCUGCUUGGCCAGGCAGGCUUGGCAGGAGUUGGCGCCUUCCCAACCACCAUGUCCAGCUUCUCAGGCAACGACUUGCUCGCCAUCACCUCCGCUCUCAACACCUUGGCCAGUUAUGGUUACAACACCAACUCUCUUGGCCUGGGGCUGAAUCCCGCGGCCGCUUCAGGGGUUUUAGCUGCUGUAGCAGCUAAUGCCAACCCGGCAGCAGCUGCUGCAGCCAAUUUGUUAGCAUCAUAUGCUAGCGAUGCAUCUACCAGUGCAGCUCAUUCCGCCGCCAGUCUUGGAGGCCUCUCUCUGGGAUCAUUGGCUGCUGCUACGGGAGCCACUAAUGGUUACUUGAGUGCAGCAUCCCCACUUAUGGCGUCGUCUCUUCUGGCGACGGAGAAGAUGGCAGAAGGAGCAAAGGAAGUGGUUGAGAUUGCCGUCCCAGAAAACCUUGUUGGAGCCAUCUUGGGGAAAGGAGGGAAGACACUAGUGGAGUACCAGGAGCUGACCGGAGCCAGGAUCCAGAUCUCCAAGAAAGGCGAGUUCAUCCCAGGAACCCGGAACAGGAAGGUGACCAUCACGGGAUCCCAGGCGGCCACACAGGCUGCACAGUACCUGAUCAGCCAGCGAAUCACCUACGAGCAGGGGGUACGCGCCACCAACCCACAGAAGGUGGGCUAAACCUGACAGCCGAUGAGAAAUGAGGAGGAAAAGAGGAAAAAAAGGAAUGGGGGCUUGGGGGAGGAGAGUAAAAAAAAGUGAAAGGGAGAAUGGAAAAAGGAGAGGAGAGAACGAAUAUUGGAAGGAAUCGUUUGCGCCGUUUUCUUCUGCGUGUUUUCAGUAUUCUAUAUUAAAAAAAAAAAGUUUUUUGACUCAAAGCAAAAAUGUGCUGAGAAGACGAGGAGGGAGGAGAGCGAGUUCUUACGCUGAAAAACCAAGAAAAAAAUGUGUAAAAUGUAAAUAAGGUUUUAUUACUUAACGUCUUGACCUUUUGGGAAUUUUUAUUGUUUUGUUUUAUUGUUUUGUUUUGUUCAGUAAAUUAAGCUGUCUGUUUGUGUAUUGUGUGGACAGAGCUGAAUGCCAUUUAGACAGGCAGACUGCCUGAGAGGCUACAGAGUGCGGGGAGGGGGAGGGAUUAAGGUAUGGUGAGGUGGAGGGUUGGUGUUUACAGGGUACAACCCUCCUGAAUCCCACCGGGAUCCAAACCUUACCUAUCCCUUUCCCUCCAGCCCACAAACUGUACCCUCAAACAGGUUUUUCGUUUUUGUUGGAGGAAAUUUGCCCCCCGUCCAGCAGAACCCCACCCCCACCCCCCUUGCUUCACCCUUCCCCUUUUUAACAGUUUGAAAAAGAACAAGAUUGCAAACUUUAGCCGAGUGUGUAAGGAAAGAAAUGUCCUCGCAUCCGCCCACCUAACUCUGCAUAUAUCUUCGCCUCCCUCAUUGGGACAACGGCGAAGGAAAAAGAGGGUGAGGGCACUUCUUUAUUUCACAUGCACCCUACAACCUGCAGGUGUGUAAAGGCACACACCUUCCUCCAAAUGUGGCGCUAGUGUUUCAGCACAUCCUGCUGACAAGAUGUAGUGCGACGCCUUAACCUGCCAACUCCGGCAAACACACAGGCUCGUCAGCAUCUCUAUAGUCUCCUAUAGUAAUAAUACUAACGAUUAUAUUGUCUUAUUACGACAGGAAUUAUCACUAUUGUCGCUAUUUAUUAAUAAUAUCGCCCGGAUAGAGCGCAGUCUUCUUUUUUAAUCUGUGAAUUCAGGUUGACAUGAAUGUAAAUGAGACUAUUGUUUUGGUUUAAAUCUUUUGUUUUCAUGUAAGUGGACUGAAGAGGAAUAGUAAUGUCAAAUAGUGUAAUAUAUGUCUUAUUUAUGUCUAGUAAGGGAGCAGCCCCUGGCAGUAAGAUCCUUAGAGCGAUAUAUCCAGUCAAAGAGCAGAACAGGGAAUGCACACACUUACCAACACAUGCACACACGCAUGCACACGCUGAAAGGAAACAAUACAAUGCCGUAUUUGGUGCUACAAAAGGGAAUUCAUCAUAUCUUUGGAGCCAGUAAGAUUUCUAGUUUAGCAGGAACCACUCCCACCACAGACUGCAGUGCAGCUAUAGUAACCCUAAAUACCUGUUUAUCCUGCUCAGCUACUCCUUCUCAUGCUGCGAAAUAUCACUGCUGUAUGUAGCUGUAGUGAAAUGUUGCAGGCUACCUUCAGUGCAAAACUGCAACUAAAAACGAAUGAAGAUGAGCCGUUGAUUUUAGACUCAGUCUCGGUUGAACUGCUGCUUUUCAGCCUGUGGUCUUCCAACCCCCCUUAGUUUAACCUCCAACCCACAGACUAGAUCAAGAUAGAGCACUUAAGAUUAACAGCAUACUACUGAGAAAACACAACCGAUGAGUAGAAAACGAAAAACACUGAAAUGUUACGAGGGAGCGUCAUUUGUCUGGGGUACACUGCUAAAUCUGCCAGCCUUGCGUGCAGAUUUGCUCUUCAAAGGCAGCAUGCAUAUCAGUGAAAGAGAUGAAUAACCCCACCGAUACUCGCCCUUAUCAAGGAACCGUCCAACUGCCACAAGGUAAAGAGCAGAUUCGAAAUUUUCAACACACAUCCAGGGAGCAGAGCUCCUUAUCGUUUACUGCCCAAUGUAGACCCACAAGGCUGCUGAAGAUGCUGUUGUUUUAUUGUGUUGAAUAUAUUUUGUUUGUGUUUUUUUUUUUUUUUUUACAAUCGGAGUACACUGAAUUUGUUUUUGUCUUAAUGCACUGUGAAGCUAGAGAGCAGUUUCCCCGACCUACGAGGUCGGGGAUGUGUGCUGCAGAUGGCAUCAUGACUGGCAGGGAAAAAAACAAACAAAAAUCCACAUAUAUCAAAUAUAUGUAGAAUGCAUAUGAAGAACUUGAUGACAAAGCAUGUCGUAUCUGAAUUCUGAAGGCGUAGGAAGAGACUAGGUCGAUGAAAAAGAUCAAUCAGUUGAGGUUUAGGUCAGCUCCUUUCUCCUUGAGAUCAGAGGGCAGGGUGUUGGGGAAGAGUUGGGUUUCCAGCAGCAGGUUAAGAAGACUGGAUCAAAUUUUAUUUUUUUUAAAUGCAGCUCAGUGUUAUACAUCCAAUAGGCUAAUCCCUGGAAGAAUAAAAGGUCUGAACAAGAGUUCAGACAGAAUGUAAAAUGCUAAUAAUGAGGAGGGGGGUGUUUGAUUUUUCUUUUACCCAAAAAACGAGGUCAGGGAAAUUAAACUUCAUUUUUUUAGAUAAAAAAAAAAGAAAGGCAACAAUUGGAUCCCGAAUCAGACAUAUUGCUAUCGAAGGUCAUUCUCUGUUGGAGCGCCAGUGAGGGUUUAAUCUCCACAACUUGGUAAGGAGGCUUCUUUACUCCCAUCUAACACCAUCCACACUCUCCUCACCCCUCCCACUCGUCCUCAGUUUUCCAGUGCACUCCCAUUCUUACACCCCCUUCUCCUCCUAACACAUCGCUCCAUGGGUGACUAUGUCUGGUGUUUUCGAUCGAUGCAUGUCUGCUGCUUGCCCCAGCAAAUGCCUCAGAUUGAGUCUGUCCUCCUGUGGGCUGCAGAGGACCACCUCUAAGGAGGAAGUGAGAGCUGGCAGGACGCAGUGCAAGAAAACUGUCCACCUUAAAUCAACGCAUUUUUCUUUGUGACUCUCAAGACAAGUAUUGUUAAGUUGGAUUCCCAUAUUGCUAAAACACAUAUCAAGAGGUAGUAUUUGAAGUUUGUCAGGGGUUUGACUGGAUUUUGAUGGUAAAUAGUAUUGUAAAAAAGCGCGUAGGUGGAAUGUGCGCUCCCAUUCUACAUCGAACAUAUACUGUGCUUCAUUUGUCAAGCUAAGAUAGCUUGCUGGAACUUGUUUAUUCCGCCGUAGAAUCAAGUCACUUUAAGGCAUAUUUCUAAUUUUUAAAAGUCCAAGGCAGAUAAAUAAAAAAAAAACAUCUGUAAAACUUAGAGGUGAAAUAUGCAGAAAGCAUGCAUGCAGCACGGUAUAGUAUUGUUCAAGAAGGGAAGUGCUUUAACAGUAUAUAGACCUAAGAAGGCAUCGAUUAAUGUGAGAAGGAGUUAUAUUUCAUAUCAUUGAUCAAACUUUAAAAUAUUCUUUUAGCUAUCUCAACAUUAGGAGACUAAAAUGAAAAUGUGACAAGUACUGGAAGCAAUACUCGUUUCGGCAUAUCGUGUUGUCCCGUCCUCUGUCUGCCGUGUAGGAGCUUUUAGGUUUAGAUGUUGGAUAGGUUUACUGAUGUACAUCUCUUUUUUUUUUUUUAUUCGUGGAAAUGCUGCUAUUUAAUAAUAACUGAUGUACUAAGACGACAAGUUUAAAACAUAUCGGAACCUGUCCUUUAGCUGGAGCAGCUAGUUUUAGGGGGCAGUGUUAAAUACCGCUCUGGUAGAUGCUGACAAUAAGUUAAUUUUGUGCCAAAAUAUGUCUUGAAGGAGCUAAAACUCUUAACAUGUUAAGUCAAAACACUCAUUAGCUAAGAAGAGACCUCCUUUUAUAUUAAGAAAAUGUGAAAAGUGCCAAAUGAACCAUAUUUAUAGUAAGGGUGAGGUUCCCGUAGACGUUUUUAAGAAAUAGACGUAAAGACGAAGCACCUCAAUAUAUCUUUGCGUUAAAGUCCUAUUUUGUCCUUCCUGCUCAAGAAGGGGCCGCCAUGUCAGCGUUAGCCGAUCCUCUGGGAAAUGCACUCCCAGAAUGCAACAGCACUACAACUCUGGGGCUCGACUGAUCAAUAUAGCGAUAGGUUAGCAUCAUCAUGCUAAAGAAAAAUGUGACUAAGAUAGCAUUCUUAAAUACAACCUUUUAUAGUUACAUCAAAAAAUUAAAUGUAUUUUGUGGAAAUAGAUGUUAUCUUUUUUGCACGUCUAUAUUGCAUGAUAUCAAAGUGAAGCGUGAACAAAAAAAAGGUAAAAAAAAAAUCUAACAAAAACAAAUGAAUAAAAAAAUAGGCAGUGUGUGUUGUUGAUUUUCUGAAACAAAUCUCUGCAUGUCGAUAAGGGUAGAGCAUUUUGAUAUUGUUUCACAUGCGUUCAAACUGUUGUUAUUCCAUGCAGUUGCGUUAAACCUGCCAAAUGUCUGUGCUACAGGUUUGAUUUUGUCGUUACAAAAGAAAAGCCUUUUUUUUUUUUUUGUUUAAAUUGACUAAACCUUUGCAGGAGGGAUAUGAACAAAGCUCUUGAACUAUUUUUUUUUUUCGUUUGCGAGCUCGGAAUAAAACAUUUUUUAAGUGCACAUAAACAAAUCUAUAUAUUUCUUAGGAUUUAGUGUAAAAUCUAGACGGAGAUUGUUCACGAAUGUUCUCUUCAUUUCAUUAACUUCACUUUCUUUGACAACUCGUGCUGCAGGAGCUUUUCAUGUUUUUCUCUGUGGGUUUUUUUAUUCUAACAUUACUAACCUGUAGAUGCACUCUGUCGUGUGUUCUUUUAUACCCCCUCGCUUGAUCUCUGGCUUGUCUUGGCAUUGAUGCAUUUGGUUGAUCUGGAGCAUCUGAACCAACCAGUUAAACCAGUUCAGAAAUAAUCCAGGUACGCCGAGGUAGAAGGAGAUAAAACGUCCUUUUUGCCACCUGUUUAGGUCUUCCUCUGGUGAAGAACUCAGGAGGGUUUGUGUUUUUACUUGGGAUGCACUGAUCCGGUCAACGGAUCCUAAUGUUUUUUAUAUGAUCCCCCUUUCAAAGGUGAUGGCAGAGAUGCUUUAAGUAUGAUUGGAUGCCACAAAACAGUAACCUGCAUUUGCUUCCAUAAAAGCCUUGGAUUUAGUUGUGGGAUAAUAUCACAUUUUAACAGCAUAAUCACUAGAAUUACUAUCCCAAUACAGUAUUUAUUGGCAGUUAUUUUAAUACCUACUCAUAAGUUAGAAUUUUUUGAAUAUCCUCCAUUUGUUUCACCUCUCCUGUAUUUAAUUUACUUAGUUAAUUAACCCAACAUACUGUUGGGUUAAUCUGGCUGCCAGGAUUUGUGGUCUGGUGUAUUUCUAGCUUCCAAACCAUUAUUGUCUUAUUAUUGCUGCUGAUAAUUAUUUUUUAAUUCAGAAAAAUAUAUAUUUCAUUGACUGGGUUAAGAAAAAAACUUUAUUUGAACCAUCUGACUGGCAGUGUGCAGCAGUGGAAAAUCAGAGGAGAGCUCCAAGCAUUCUGUCAUCUCACCAGAAGAACUUUAAAGUGUGAUAACAGUAUGGUGGGAAAUUGAUUCAAAGUUUUCUAUCUAAGGAAAACCAGUUGAUUGCUUUGAGUCAUUGACUCGGAUGAAAUCCCUCACAUUAAGCAUGCUUGUAGCGACAGUGGAGAGGAAAAACUUAGGAAGAAACCUCCAGCAGAACCAGGUUUUAAGUGUGAGAGGCCAUCUGCCAAGGCCAACUGGGGUUCAGUCUACUAAACUAAGCUUAUAUGAAUUAAUUUGUGUCAUUUCAGUCCUUAAAGGAAAUCAGUAGCUGCCAUUAAAAGCCUGAUCAGUGCAUCUCUAGUUUACGUUAAAUACUAAAUCUAGGUUAUAUCCCCCCAAAAUGAACCGUUUUGGGAAGUUUCAAUCUAUGUUGAAUCCCAACACCUCUAUUAGCUUUUUUGACUUAAGCCUGAAUGUUUUAGGUAUUUCAUUUUCACUACCGACCCUCUCUGUUAUUUUUGUCAAUUUAGACAGUUUUGUAAUUGGGUCGGAACUGGAUCUUGGCCCUAACUCCCUAGGAAUAAUGUUCCCAUUUCUUGCUCUGAGUUAUAUGUUUGCACUAAACUCUCUGCUGACACUGUGCAAGGCAGGCCAAGCUGAGGUGGGGGUCAGAGUGUAAGACUACUGUAGAUUUUUAGCAUUGAUGUAGGUGUUUUGUGUGUUUAGAUGUGCAUGCUCCUUCUGUCCCUCUCUCUGGGUUUGUCCGCUAUAGAUCAGCUCUGUGCUCAUGGUGUCUUUGUUGAUAGCCAAUAAGUCAUUAUUUUCCCCAUGGUUUUAAUUUGACUGUGAUGUGUAGAUAAAUGCUAAUUUAACCGCUAACCUUGUUGAAAGGGGAGCUCAUUGCUUCUUCUAUUUCUAUGCCCCCCCCCGCCCCAACUUCACCUACCUCUAGGAACCUGCUCUCACUCACACUUAUCACCCUGACCCCCUUCAAACAACAUCCAGUGUUUUAAAAGACUUCCCUUCCUUAUCCCCCUUCCUCUUCUCCCAAAACUUGUUGCCCAUUGAAACACCAGCGACUGUAGACUGCAUUUGUCAUAUCACUGUUCUUCUGUUUCUUCUUCUCGCUCUUUUAAUUUACUUACUUCCCUGGUUUUGAUUUGUAUUGUAUGCUCUAACCCGAACCUGUUUUAACAAAAUGCCAUUUCUGUGUGUAGCCUGUUUACCCGUUUUCCACACACACACACAAAGUACACACUCCAUGCCCUCGUUUUGUGCACUUUCACUGCCCACUCUUCCUCCUCCUCCUCCUCCUCGCCCAAACAUACACUCACUGCACACACUUUCCUCCUCCGCCUCCCACGAGUCUCUUCUCUCGAGUGCCAAAAUAGAACAGAGAGGAAAACAAAAAUGACAACAGCGACUUCUACUACCAUUCCAAGCGUUUCUUUGAGUUGUUCUUGUGUCUUGGACAUCCAUCCUGGAAGCACCCAUGAAGCCAGCAUGCUCCGCCUUCAUAACAUGAUGUCGCUCAUGACGUCUCAACUGAACAGCACCUUGCCCCCCUACCACCACCACCUUCUCCUCCUCCUUCUCACCACCCCCCCUCACAGAGCUAAACCCGACAAGGAUUAACCCCUCUGCAGGUUGGCUACCUACCUACUGUCCUGCCUCUCAACCUAAAAAAAAAAACAAAAAAAAACAGCCCUACCGCUCAUGCCAGCUGCUUUCCUAAUUCUGUCAUUUCUUCAGCCUGUUGGACUCCAUUGAUUGUGUGCCAUGGUGUUGGGGGCACCUUUCACUCUCCUCACCUCCCUCCUCUCUCUGUAUCUCCGCCCCGUCCCCACCUCUUUUCUCUUACUUUUUCUGUAAUCCUCCCCCCUCCUCUCGCUCUCGCUCCAUUUGAUUUUUCUCAAUGGGAAAGAUUCAAAAACUCCAUUUUCUAAUGAUGAUUUUUUUGUUUCUGUUUGUCGUUUAACAUCCAAACCACGCACGCCGACACAUGCACCGCCCUCCGUGCAGUGGUGUGUGUGGGGAGUGUUUACGCACCGUCAGCUGCGCAGCCAUCCUCUGUCUUCUCGAACUUUUUGAACUUUCACCCCCUCAUGAACUUUAUUGACCUUCCUCCUCCUCCUCCCCCACUUCUGUGUUCAUCCAACUGUUUGGACGAUAACUCUCCAUUCCAUCCCCAAAACCUCUCUUGAGACUGUGCAAUGCUAGCUGAUGUGAUUGGAUUUUUUUCUUUUUUGUUUGUUUGUUUGUUGCUCAUCAUUGGGGACAUUUCUCUGAGAUACAAGUCUAAAAAAAUAAAUAAAUAAAUAAAAGAAGAAAAAAAAAAAUACAUGAAAGU